AUGGAUAGGGAUCGUCCUGGAAACCCCCAGGUGAACGCCCGCACCGACGAUGGUGCAUUCCAUGUCCACUUUCCUGGCGGCGUGAAAGGUAUCUCGGCUUUUGACUUGCAGCUGCAACGGGCGAAGGGCACUGAGAAGUUCUCCGUGACCGUCAACGACAACAGAAACGAUGAUACUCAAGACAGCAAGUGGAUAUGUGGCCCGGCGAAGGGUCCUGAAAAAUCGAAGAAGUGCCACUACGAUGGCGACAUCAUCUUAAACCCUUCCUCUUCUUGA